UGAAGCAUUGGGUCAAUUCAAUACUAACUUAUUGUGUUGAGGAGAGUGACGUUGAUGAUCCUAUGCCUCUGAUCGUGUUCGCUGCAACGCACAGCGACCUAAUUCAUGAGAAUAAGCAAGAGAAGAUGAAAAAAGAAUUCGCUAAAAAAGUCACUGAAAUGUUUGGUACCCAUGAAAUGAAGAAACACAUCGUGUUCGAUCCAGUUUACUUCAUAAAUGGUACAGACAAAGAGGAUAAUGAAAUUAAGAAUUUGAAAAACCAACUUGUCAGUAUUGCCGUGAACCAGCCAUCUUGGGGACAACGACGGCCUAUGAUUUGGGUUCCUCUUGAACUUCUUAUUGAUAAUAUGAAAAAAGAUAAAAUAAAUGUUAUACUAAAAACACAAUUAGCUGAGGCAAACACCCAGAAUGGAGAUUUGUCACUCUCUGACAAACAGCUAGACGAUUUUCUCUUAACACAACACGCAUUGGGUAAACUUAUGUAUUUCAAUCAACCAGAACUAAACAGUUUCAUUAUUCUCUAUCCUCCUGCAUUGGUCAAUAUCCUCAAGUCAUUCGUCACUGAUGAAAUGUUUUGGCCCGAAGAUGAAACCCUGAAAGAUAUCCUUCGAAAAAUGACGAAUACUGGAAUUAUAAAAAAACGUGAUCUCCUGAAACUAUGGCAACAAAAACAAGUCAACCAGUACUUAUCAUGUGAUGAGUUCAAAGAGUAUGUUAUUCAAGUUCUCGUACAUCUGGAUAUUUUGGUCCUUCCAAAACGGUACUUAGGCACGACAGUCACAGACGAUUGUUUCUUGGUUCCGUGCACAGCUAAAAACAAAAUGCCGAUGUCAUUUUUGGAUGACGAUUCAUUUGAAAACAAAACCAUUUCUUUGGUCUAUCGAUUACAGAAUAGAACCAUACCGUCUUCAUUGGCCUUCAAACUUAUUGGUGCUGUAAGUAGUAUUUGGCCUAUUAAAGAGGAGAACAAAUGUUCACUAUUAUAUCACUCCUCAGCUGUGUUAUAUGUUGAUAGUAACACCGAGUUUAGAAUAAUAAUAGAGGACACUAGAGUCGUCGUCUACCUCACACAUAUGCCAUCUAAGUUUACCAUCUCCCCAGAUAUUGCAGCCAGCAUCCAAGAAUGCUUGACAUUCACUUUAAACGAUGUUCUUAAAUUCUAUCUAACAAGUAUUGGAAAGAGUCAUAAAAAUAAAGAUAUAUCAAACCUCUUUCAAAUUGAAGUCGGGGAAGUUUGUGACAGAUCCCCCUGUGUGUUUUCUGUUUCCGAGGCGAAACGAACUUCUAGCUGGAGUUGCAGUAGAAAUCAACAUUUUACCAAAUAUCCGCUGCUUUGGAUUUUUGACAAGACACAGGAAGAAUGUCCACAAGAUUGUACAGGCCUUCACGUUGAUGCCCUGGAAAUGUUGCCAAGCGACAAACAUCUGGUAAGACUUGCCAGCCAGCUUGAUAUUUAUAGUUGUAAAAAAUUGGUCCUUCAACUCGGGUUACAAGAAAUACAUUGGAAAAAUGUAAAUUACGCGUACGGCAAGGAUGCUCUGACGCUAAAUACCAUGGUGUUAUAUACCUGGAUGAAUACAAAGAUAAAAGGAAAAUCAACGACAAAAUCAUUAAAUCAUUUGCACGCAGGAUUGAAAGCAAUUGGUGCUGAUAAGCAUGUUCUUUGCAAGGUAUUCAGAGAAUACACAGAUUUUUCUGAAUUUCCAAAUGUCGGACCAGACGAAGUUCCAAAUGAUGAUGUACUAAAAAAUCUACCUUCAAAACUCGGUAACUGCAGUUUACAACUUGGUGUAGAACUAGGAAUAGCUUUAAGCUCGAUAGAGCAGACAAAAGCAGAUCACCGAAAGAUGUACGACCAAACUGAAGACAUCUUAAGAAAAUGGAAAAAUUCAACUGAAGAAAAACCUACCGUAUUCAAAUUACUGGUUUGUCUGGAACGCGUUCAUCUUGGCGGCUUCCAGUUUGUAAAAGACAUGUAUCUCCGCAAAUGAUUUUGUAAAUAACGAAUUUCUAUCACUGAAUGUUGUUUUUACAUUUUACUCGACAUACACUGAGUUCGGCAACAGUAUAUGUCAAACAUUUUUGUUCUACUGAAUCCAAUAUACAAAGAUUUCAUCUACAAUAUAUGUCGUACCAUUUGAUGCGCCUCUACACAAAUUACAUAGUAUGCGUAAAACAAUAUUGAUUAAAAACAAAUUAAUUUCCUCGGUAUUUGUAAUACAAAUUUAUUUAAUUCAACUUCUUUCCCUUAGUAAAAUACAAACAUUUUUAUUCAUUAACAUGUAACAAACUUUACACAGUAUGUGUCGUACAUUUUGGUUCAACCAUCCAGUCGAUAUGCUAGCCUUAGGGAAAUAUUUAAAUUAUAAAGCUUUGCAAUUUAUAAAAGAAUCAUUUAUACAGGCCAGUGCUUUUCUGUUUGUUUGUUGUUUUUUAUUUAUUGCAUCUCAUUGGUUUGAUAGUCUUCAAGCACUUUUCUGGAUUAAGUUACCUUUAUCGAAAUCGUUCAGAGCCAUACAUUUGAAGUCAAUGAUCUGAAACAUUUUUUUGUACUUAGUCGUCUCCUUUUGAGAUUGUUUUCUUGUUGUUAAUGAUAGAAUAGUUAAACAUCAUUUUAUAUUUUUAGAGCAAAUUAUUAUAGCUCUUUCAAACACAUAUUUCAUUUACAUGUAAUCAUCUAAAUAUAAUAUUUGUGUAGUAUUUACAGCUAAAUAAUUAGCAUAAUUAAAAAUUGAUAAGUAUUGCA